GUGGCACAUAUUAUGAUUAAACUGGACUUUUUGUUCAUUGAGGUAUUAUGUAUUAAAUCCUUUGAAUCUUUUGUGCAUCGACAGUCGAAGGAAUCUCAAAAGCUGACAUUUAUUUGGGAAUAUGUUGGCUAUUUGGUGAAUGAUAUUUCCAGCGUUUGUUUUCUCUAAUUUUUCACUUGAGUUUGGUUUAAAAUUCGCCGCGCUCGAAAAGGCCAGACAUGGGUAGUAGAUCGUCGAUAGAUUCACCCUAACGACGAUGAAGGGAAGCCAGGAGGACGAGUAGAUUGACGCUAGCUGUUAGCCCGCAGAGAUGAAAGCGGCGAGCUAGCUAAGUUAGCAUGAUUUGAUGGAGGCUGGCCAGGGGGCGGAAAACCACGAUGGAGCGGCAACGACAGGCAGCGGCGUAGCUUUAAGUGGAUACGAAGUAGCAUUAAACCCUUAUCGGCUUGCAUACAGUCACUGAGGACGGCGGACGGCACGAUAUGCAGUGAGUACGGGUUUUGAGCCGGUGGUGCUACGGAACUGAAUCAAUCCCGCUAAAAGUUUGGAGUCGCCAGGCCCACUGCCACUAGCGUAAAGUUAGCCGGUCAUGAAGCGGGUUCGCACUGAGCAGAUCCAGUAUGCCGUGGCUCAGUACCUGAAGAGGAGGCAGUAUGUGGACACUGAUGGCUCCCUGAAGGGCGCCAAGCUCUUUCAGUCAGCUGAGGAGAUGGCCGCCAGCCUCACAGUGCAGACGGAGUCGGGUUGUGCCAGCGUGGUCACUGCUGCUCCCUGCCAGUCUGAUCCACAGCAGUAUGAAACUCAGUACUCCAGGCUGCGCUCCUUUCUCUCAGAAACGGAACUCUCCUGGGCCAAGGAGGUCAGCAGCAUCCUCUUCCCACUUUUUGUCUACCUCCAUCUGGACAUGGUGCGCUGCGGCCUGAAGGGGGCAGUAGACAGUUUUUACAGUCGUUUCCACGGUGCCUUUCUUCAGGACAGUGAGCAGCGUGCCACCAUAGAGCAGCUCCGCCAUGUUCUCACAGCCCAGGACAUUGCAGCCAACCCCAAACUGAGUGCUUUUCUGGAACACAAGUACGUGGUUCACCUGACAGAGCCGGCCUACAGCUACCUGCUGCGUCACCUGCAAAGCGAGGACAACGGCGCCCUCUGCAGGGCCCUCAGCACCCACCUGCAAGUGGAGGUCACUGCCUUGCGGCGUACAGACUACCAGCUGUAUGGAGCUGCCGGUGGAGCAACCGCCGCACCAAACUCCACCUCCUCCUGGGCGGGAGUGGACGGGGCAGAGUGCGGAGAGGGGGUGGAGGUCCCCGCAGGGAUCCCGCAGAGUGAGGCGGCCCUGGAGGCUCUGCAGGACAGCAUCAAGAAAGUCCGUGAGGGCCCGCCCACGCUCACCACCGUGUGUUUUUAUGCCUUCCACCACACGGAGCAGAUGCUGAACACCGCAGAGGUCUCAGCUGACAGCCGGCUGCUGGCCGCUGGCUUUGACAGCUCCACGGUGAAGCUGUGGAGCCUCCGAGCCAGAAAGCUGAAGGCCAAACCGCAUCAGGCUGACGUGUCGCUCAUCCACUUGGCCUGUGACGUACUGGAGGAGGAAGUGGAUGAAGAAGACAUCUCCGGCAGCGAGAUAAAGACGCUGCGAGGUCACAGCGGCCCGGUGUUUCGUACUGCCUUUCUGACAGACAGCUCCGGUCUGCUCUCCUGCUCUGAGGACACGACCAUCCGCUACUGGGACCUGGGUAGCUUCACCAACACGGUGCUCUACCAGGGACAUGCCUACCCGGUGUGGGACGUGGACAUCAGCCCCUGCAGCCUUUACUUUGCCAGCGCCUCCCAUGACCGCACAGCCCGCCUCUGGACAUUCUCACGCACUUACCCUCUGCGGGUCUAUGCCGGGCACCUCGCCGACGUUGACUGCGUCAAGUUUCACCCCAACUCCAACUACCUGGCCACCGGCUCCACAGACAAGACUGUCCGGCUGUGGAGCACCCAGCAGGGGGCGUCUGUUCGCCUCUUCACUGGCCACCGGGGCCCCGUGCUGUCACUCGCUUUCUCACCUAAUGGGAAGUACUUGGCGUCCGCCGGCGAGGACCAGAGGGUGAAGCUGUGGGAUUUGGCGUCAGGGACGUUGUUCAAAGACCUGCGGGGACACACAGACAGCGUCACCAGCCUGUCUUUCAGCCCAGACAGCAGCCUGGUGGCGUCGUCGUCUAUGGACAACUCGGUCCGGGUGUGGGACAUCCGGAACUCCCACGGCGGGACGCCAGCCGACGGCUCGUCCAGCGAACUGGUGGGACUGUACACUGGAAACACCAGCAACGUGCUGAACGUCCAGUUCAUGGCCUGCAACCUGCUGCUGGUGACUGGAACUGCACAAGAGAAAGCAGAACAGUAGCCACGGCUGUGUGCUUUUGGGUUCGUGUUUGGAGGCGGGUCAGUCCGUGUCAGCCCACCUCGGCCCUCCCAGUUCAUGUCAAGUAUUUUCUUUAAAACUUCAUUUGGAAAUUGACAUCCUCCUCCUCCUGCUUUAGCUCUGGUCUAAGUGGGUCUUCAGUUUUUGAAGUUAAGAGCUUAAUUUCAUAAUUUUUGUUGUUUUGAUGGCAUCUAAACUUCAUGGGCUAAACUGGGAUAAGUUGUGAAUGGUGGGUGAGCUGCUGUGGACUGACCCGCAUGUUAUCAGCAGUCAAACUGUUGUGUUGAACCAACCACCGAGAAGAUCCUCCUAAAGCUGGGUUAGAUAUUCAUUUAUAGAUAAAUGAUCUUUGGUUGUGUUUUCUGGUUACCAAAGCACCGUCUUCACUGGAUGUCAGUAUUAAAGAGCUUCUCAGUAUACCUGAAGAUGACAAAUUGUUAGCCUCAGACUUGGUGGUUGAAAAUAUUUAGGAUCUUUCAAAGCAGAAAAGCAAAAUUUAACAAAAUAUGGUAUAAAACAAAAACAAAAACCUGUGAAAAUCAGUUUGACCUGAACAGGAGAUGAAAAUGAGAAAAUAUUAAAACAGAUUUAUUUCCUGCUGGUUGUCUGAUGCAGAGUCGUGUUAAUGAGUGAACUGUUGUGUUGUUUGCUGAGUGUUCGGAGCGCACUGUGCAGUAAAUGCUGCACUGUAGAAGGCAGUCGGACACUCGUUAGCCAUCUUACCCAAAAUCAUGUGCGUCCAGGAUGUGUUAGCGUAGCUUAGCACAUAUGCUGAAAGCAGGUGGAAAUUGCUCAUCCCGUUCUGUCUGAGUGUGUGUAUAUUCACCUUCCAACAGCUCUGAAACCUUCUGUUAUCUGCUGCCUACAGAAUUUAGCCCAAGCGUUGCAGUUUCAUUUGGGCAUUAGUGGCUGAAACAUUCAGGAGAGUCAGGGACUGAGGCAGGAAGUCGGCACACAGUGACCAAAUAUAAGUUUAAAACAUCUCAUUUCUGUCCAACUCACCUCAGAUUGUCAUCAGUGGUGGUUGUUUCGGUUCACCUAAAAAUAAAGACUCAGUCCCAUAUGGAUGGAAACCCCGAGAUCCCAAACUGGGACAUUACUGACACCCUUUUUCAGAUGAAAUCUGUAACCAUGAACCUGAACGCUGCCGCCAUCAUGUUUUUAGAGGUUUUCAUACCUCUGGGACAGAAUCAAGGUCACAAAAUGUGGGACUGUUCCUUUAAAGUUUGUCCUUUUUCAUCUGUUUCACAUUAAAGCAACAGCUUUCACUUUGCCGAUCAGUUUGCUGCUUUUGGACAAACUCCCAUCUACAAGCAGAAGGUUGGAGGAGUUUUGAGACGGCGUUGAGAGGUUUUGGAGGUGGACCACAACAGGAAGUGGCUCUUCGUUUCUCACAGCAGCAGUGAAGGCUGUUGAUUUGGAGGAAUAACGUGUAAAAAGCCUCACUGAGGAAAUUUCUCAGAAUUAAAGGCUGUGUUUUUCACACUGCUCCACGAGUGGCACGGACUGUGCAAUGCUUAAAGUGUACAUAGACUGUAUUUUUGUAAUAUUUUGGGUACCAAGUGUCUCCAUCCAGGCUGUGCUCAGUGAGGGCUAAAAGAUGCUGACGCAGAAACUGAUUUUCUGGAUCGUCUUCGUACGUUCAAAGUGUCGUUGAGGAUUGUUUUCAGUUUUGAAUAUUUCGUUCAUAAAUGCAGCCUGGAGUUUUCCCUUCAUAAACUUCUCUUCCCUUCUGUAGCCCCAAACCAAGAAUAAAAACAGAAUUUAUUUGAGCUUUAA